AUGGAUAAAUCGGAGAGGAAGAAAUCUUCUGAUUUAAAAGAAACCAAUAAACCAGAGCACCAUUUUAUUGGAUUUGAUAUUGAUGAUGAUGUAUUGUUAAUUAUUGAAAAUAAAAAAAAAUCGGUAAAAAUGGAACUAAGUAAAGAGACCGGCGAACCUAUGGAAGUAGAAGAGCCAUCCAUUGUUAAUAAUAAUCAUGUUAAUAAAAAGAAACAGUCUAAAUCAAGUAUUUCAUCACCAGAACCUAAUGAUGUUAAGAACAAUCGGAGUAAUAAGAGGCAUAAGAAAGACAAUUUACAUGAUGCCUUGGAAUCUUUGGAAUCACAAGUUCCCCCUACUUUAGAACUUACUACACCUACUUUCAACCUUACCUCUUCUAACACUAGAACACGGCGUAGUACUGGUAGAAAAAUUAAUGUGGAUAUCAGUGAUGCUAUUUAUAAACUUCCUUUUGAGCACGGUUGGAAACGAGAAUUAGUUUACAGAACAUCAGGUGAAUCUACUAUUCUUAAUCGCGCAAAUAGAAGUGGUGAUGUAUACUAUUAUUCUCCAACUAACCGAAAACUUAGAUCAUUACGAGAAAUUCAGGAACAAUUGGACAUCUUAUCUGAUAAAGAUUUAACCAUAGAAAGUUUUACAUUUUUAAAACAACCAAUUGGCAUGAAUGAUCGAUCUAAAGAACUUAUCAGAGAUGCAAAUUCUAAAUUGUCUAAAGAAGACUCUUUUGUUGGUGUAGCUGUCAGACCUAAAAAGUCUAAGACACCUGUACAGCGGCCACCAUUUGAUUACGAACUAUCAGAUGAUGAAAACAACAAGUCUUCAAGCAAAAUGAAAAUUGUUUUCAAAAAUGCUAAGAGCUCUUCUAGAUUGAGAUCUAAAAAAGAAUCAAUGAAUACAUCUUCAUCUACACCGGAAUACAUAUCUGAAGACUGCCAAGCUAUUCAAUCUAGUGCAUCACCUAAAGUUUCUUCUCCAAAACUUGAGAAAAUUGAGAUAAAUAACACAAUAAUUAAAAGACGGUUGUCAACAUCAGAUGGUGAAGUCAUUAUGCAGACACCUUGUGGGAUACGGUGCCCGAAUAACGAUGAACCUGCCACUUUAAUGUGUGCUCAAUGUCUGGUCUACUAUCAUCCAGCAUGUGUCAAUUUAAAUGCUAAUUUAAAAAUUGUUGGCUAUAUAUGUAUAAACUGUCGAUCUACUGUGCGACAAAGAAAUAGACGUGUACAGUCUUCUCAUACUGUGGUUGUUGGUGCUACUGAACCGGAACAACUACGUGUUGAACCAAUUCGUAUACGACAGGUGCAUCAAUCGUCAGACACACCUAACUUUUUUAUUGAUAGAACACCUAUUUCUAAAACUGAAGAAACACAAUAUGAAAUUGAUGAAUAUAGUGAUAAUAGUGAUUCUGAUAUAAUUAAUACAGUUAUUUGUCAAGGAAAUGUAUACAAAACUACAAUGGUUGAUGGUAGUUUUCAUGAGCAGUAUGUUUAUGAAAUGAAACAAACACGAGGACCCAGUUUGAUGACCUGUGUUAUUCAAGAACCUAAAAAUCUGGAUGAGAAUUCUGAAAUGAAUGGUUCUUCAAGUGAAAUAGUUGUAUCACCUUUCGCUUCCAUGCAAUCAUUCAAUUACAUGGUUAAAUCAAUGCGAUAUGUUUUUCAACAUUUGAAAACGCACGAGCUGUUAUCAGCUUCUAGAGUAUGUACUGCCUGGAAUAUAAUUGCAAUGAAUAAAUACUUAUGGCAGAAUGUUCGUUUAAAAAAUUCUAUGGUCUAUGACUGGGAAAGGUUUGUAGACUCAAUUGAUCAACAAAGAACUGUUACAUUAGACACUAGACGUAUGUUGAUACCCUCCAAAGUUGACGACUUCGAAAGUUUUUGGUUGCGAUUUGCAAACGCAAUGAAAAGAGCUCAAAAGUUAAAGGUCAUUGAAUUGUAUAGAUGUCCUGUCAUUGUAGUUGAAGAUAUUAUUUACUCAUUACCUCAAAUUGAAGUACUAAAUGCUGCUUCAAUAAAAAAUCCAAAAAUGACGAAAGAGACAAAAAACCCCAAUGAUUUAAUGUACCUAAACUUAAAUUAUUUGGGACAAAUGACAAAGCUCACAGAGUUAAGACUAAAAGGUUUAACUGGAAUAAAAUUGACGGCAGUGCCAUCGUUUGAAAAUUUAAUACAUUUGAAUAGAUUUUCAUUAACCUCUAUCAAAGCAUUUCCAAAAGAUAUCUAUCAGAGUUUGAAUACUAUUACUGAUAAUAUUGAGUUUUUUGAAAUUGGUGAUUGCGAAUGCUUAACAAAGGAUUUUGCCGUGUCACUAAAAAGAUUUGUCAAUUUGAAAACAUUGAGAUUAGAAAAUUGCCUUAAUAGAUGGGAUCAUUCUACAAAGGAUGUUUUUACUGCCAUUAGAGGUCUUGAAAAGCUCAAUGUUCUGGAAUUGGUAAACAUAGAAUUCAGUAAUAAUGUCGAAGAUGAAUUGGAAAAAUGUGUUGGUAUUAAAGCUUUACUGAUUAUUCCUGCUUAUGUGAGCCAAUCUGCUACUACUAACUGUCACCUGAUUGACUGUCUCAAGAAACUCUCCAAGACAUUAACACACUUGGUUUGGGGAUUAACUCAUGAGUUACUCCGUGUUACAGACUUAUUUAUAACUCAAUAUCAACAGAACCAACAUACUAUUGGUUAUAAUUUAGAAUUAUCCCAUACCAAAGAAACUACUAACAAUAUACCUAUACUCAGAACAAGAAAGCCCCGACAGCGACCAGGAGAUGAGGCUACUCCUGAAAAAGACAAGUCAGAUAAUGUUGAUAUACUUUCAGUUCCUGCUCUAGAGAAAUUGUUAGAUACUAUGAUGCCUGAUGCUAAGACUAAGGUAAUGAAAGUUCCCUUUUCUGGAACAUGUAGAGUUUAUUUGAGUGAACAGUUUAAUGAUCUUUAA